CCGCACUGCACACUCACGAGCCUGGACGGGGCGAGACGGCGAUCCCACAGUAGCCCUCAUCCAUCAUCGCUAUGGGAAUUAGCACAGCGUUCUUUUUGAACCAAGCCCUGAUCCCGUACUAUCUGAAACCGGUCCACCUUGAGACACGGACUAUAAAACACUGUAGUUGAGACUGUCGCUGCACCAGAGCUCGGCUCAGCUUCUACCCUCCAGUAAACUGUGGAGGAGGAGCAGUAUGAUGAUGAGAAACAUCUAGAGAUGAUAUAGUGUUUCUCCAGCAGACAACUUGAACAACGACGUUUUCUCGAGCCUCAUCUGUGUUGUGUGAUUUAGGACCAUGUCUGCCAUGUGUGUGUCCGCAGUGCUCUUAUGCACAGUGGUGGUUGACAUCUCAGCUCGGGAUUUGACCACAACCAGCCCAGGUGACCAGUCUCUCCUCUCCCCCCGCCACUAUCAACACACCGACCCCAACUCAGGCACCCAGCUGGUCUGUGACAAGUGCCCGGCAGGCACCUACGUCUCCGUACACUGCUCUCCAACAGCUGUGAGGGAGUGCAGCCGCUGCCCUGAAGAUACCUUCACACGGGGUGAGAAUGGCAUGAUUAAAUGCCAUCCCUGUCGGGCUCUGUGUCCUGCAGGCUUCAUCGAGAAGGCAACCUGCACGUCCAUCCAGGACCGAGUCUGCACAUGUCCCCCCAACAGCUUUUUGUCUGGGGAUGGUGUUACAGAGUGUAAGCCGCACUCACUGUGCCCUCCAGGGACCAGGGUGAAAAAGCGGGGCGGUGAAACAGAGGAUGUGCUCUGUAAGCCGUGCACCAAGGGGACUUUCUCAGACAGGGAGUCCAGAGCGGUGAAGUGCCGAAUCCACACAGACUGCCAAGCGCAGGGGCUGGUGUUGCUCAUACCAGGGACUAAAGAGACGGAUAAUGUCUGUGGACCACCUUCCACAGCCCUGUCUUCAUCUUUUUCUGUCUCCACAACAACCACAGGGCCUGCACAUGAUGUGCUUGUACAGGAACCCAUGACUUCUUCAUGCUCGCCAUCAACAUCACAGACUAGACCUGCACAUAAAGGCACCUACAGCCAGUCGGCAGCCAUCCAGCUGAGGGAAAGCAGGGGUGGGGAAGACCACCAAGUAGAGGGGCUACUCCUCAGCUGGCUGGAAGCUUCCACCCCACCAAUUCGUGAUCCCCCUCGCACUCUGCCUCUCCCACCUCACAAGCAACUCAUGGACCUCCAGCACCAGCAGGGGCAACCCAACUCUGAACCUGUGCCAGACCCCAACAAGAGGGCUGCGGAGGGUCUGGAGGGUGCAGAAGUAGUCAGGGUUGGGAUGCGUAUCAGCAAGGUAAGCGGGCAGGGGAGCGGAGGUGAUGGAAGUGGGGUGUCCAGCUACUAUAGGCCCACUCGCAGGGGGUCCCCAAGGCCGAGCACCCAUAAUCACUUUGACAUUAAUGAGCACCUUCCCUGGAUGAUAGUGCUGCUGCUCCUGCUGGUGCUGGUGGUGAUUGUGAUUUGCAGCGUGAAGCGCAGCUCUCGUGUGCUGAAGAAGGGCCCCAUGCAGGACCCCAGCAGCAUCAUGGAAAAGGCAAUUCAGAAGAAACCAUCUGCGCCUCCAACACAGGUCAAAGAGAAGUGGAUCUACUACUCCAACGGACAGGGGGUGGAUAUCCUAAAGCUGGUGGCAGCCCAGGUGGGUAUCCACUGGAUAGACAUCUAUCAGUCGCUGGCCAACGCCACAGAGAGGGAGGUGGCCGCCUUCUCCAACGGUUACUCGUCAGAUCAUGAGCGGGCAUAUGCCGCGCUGCAGCACUGGACCAUUCGGGACAGCGAUGCCAACCUGGCCAAGCUGAUCAAUGGCCUGCACCGCCAGCGCCGCACUGACGUGGUGGAGAAGAUUCGCUGUGUGAUGGAGGACAACCCACAGUUUGACAUCAACCAGCUGAUGACCUCAGUGAAUGUAAGCCAAAGCCUCAGUCCCAUCCACAAGCCACUCGAGUCUCCCAGCAGCGUUGGCAGCAGUGGCAACAGUGGCAACAGUGGUGGGAGCAUGGGCGGGGCCAGCGGCACAGGCGUGGAGCAGUCGCCGGUGGACCGUACCAAAGGCUUCUUCCCCGAUGAAUCGGAGCCCCUGCUUCGCUGUGACUCCACCUCAAGCAAAGACUCGGCCCUCAGCAGGAACGGCUCCUUCAUUACCAAAGAGAAGAAAGACACUGUGCUCCGGCAGGUACGUCUGGACCCGUGCGACCUGCAGCCCAUAUUUGAUGACAUGCUGCACAUCCUGAACCCGGAUGAGCUGCACAUUAUCGAGGAGAUCCCAGCAGCUGAGGACAAGCUGGACCAGCUGUUUGAGAUCGCUGGAGUCAAAAGUCAGGACGCCAGCCAGACGCUGCUGGACUCAGUCUACAGCCACCUCCCUGACCUGUUAUAGUGGAGGAAGGAGGAGGAAAUCACACAGAUGAAAAGUGGCACAGGACUAAGACAGAGAGUCUCAGUGGGAGGACAGAGUUAGAUCUAGUAUUGUACACUUUAAGCUUGGGUUGAUAUUUAAUCUGAUGGACUCAUCAUGUCACACUGUCACAUGAUUUGAGCCAAGUGUUGUAGAUUAGAUGAUUAUCUACUCCCGCUAAUGACCCUUUCAACUCUUUACUGGUACAUCACUCCUCUUUGCCUGUCUUCAGUUGUCUUGUGUGCACACACUAUUACUCCUUCAGAACACCUUAAUCCUCCACCAUGAUACAGGGUAAAUGCUCAAUGUAGUUAAAGCAUUCUUAGUGUCAUACCAGGGAGUACCUUUUCAUUUUUCUUCCCUAUGUUCAACCAUAUGUGGUAUUAUGAAAGUAUUGUGAUCUUAACAAUGAGGCUUAAGAGCCUCCGUAUUUAGAAAAAGCUGGUUAAAACAGAAGGUGAAUACAUGGAAAACCAUUAAAAACACUAUCUUUAUCUUACCUGGCCAAUGCCUUCACUUUUAAAGGGAAAUUCCUGGGUUUUUUUGGUGCCAAUCACCCAGGCUAUCCUUGUUUAUAACAUGAUUUAGUGUUUCAAAAAUCUCAUCAUCAUCAUGGUUAUUGCUAAAUAAUCGUGGGAGAGGAAACUACACACAGACUAUAGUAAAUAAGCUAUGACUCUAAAGGACACUAGUAUUAUUCUUAGGGAUCUAAGCAGUUUAAGAUUCUUAUAAACUGCAGUCAAAGAUACUUUACCCAGGAAUGAAUUGACCUGUAAAUCAUGUCCCUGAGCUGGUCCCUUUCCUCAGCUCCCUUUUCUUUCUUUCUUUCUUUCUUUCUUUCUUUCUUUCCAUCAACUCCAGACUUGGAGCAGGUCACUUGUGAGUCUUAGCAUUUUAUUUUAUAAGCACUCUGCCAGAACAGCAGGGCGGAGUGUUAAAUAAGAGGGCUGACCUGCUGCUCUGGAACCAAAGCCAUAUAUCAAUAGUGCUGGAUUCAACAUCAAAACAAUCCAAUAUUACCAUACAGGAGAAAUAUUGAACCAAUCUAAUAUAUGAUAUAUGGCUUUGCCUUUGAACUGUUUGCUCCAAAACUAACAAUUAACUGAACAGCAAGGAGGCAGUGUUCACAGCCCCUGCCUGAUUCUCUGGAACCAAAGCCAUAUAUCUAAAACAGUUUAGAUACAUUGCUUUGGAACUUCUGCCACUGUUGGACUCAUGGACAGUAUACAUUAAAUACUUGUACCAGUAUGCACAUUGAGAUCUCUGCUUGCUAGCCCUGUUUGCCUCAACAAAUGUAGCGUUAAUCAAGUGUUGUUGAUACUUUUUGGAGCUUCAUGUGGGUAUGGCGGGUGUUUGAGUGUUUCAGUGCUAUAGCAAAAAUAAUGGACUAUAAGUGAUUUUAUUGAUGCUUUGGCAUGUUUGCUACAUGCUCUGUGUAGUUGAUAAUAAAAUGUAAUAAUGAUACACUAAAUGUAUUUUCUAUUGAAGAGGCAGAGGCAGUUUUUCAUUUUCACUUUAUAUAAUUCUGAAAUGCUGUUAACUAACAUUUGUUAGACUUAUGCUACUGUAGCAUCUCCUUAUUAUCAUUUCGACUUCUUUGUACCUUAUGUUUUUAUGGGCAUUCAGAUGUAUUUACCCCACUUGGUGUGACAAGAUGACCUGUCUGGGAUGUCAGAUAUGCAUACUCCAUACUCUACUUGAAGUCUGUCUACUUGUGUUACUUCAUUUGAAUGAGGAUGAAAAAAUACUCUUUACUUUCAAGUUCAACAUUCUUGGCAUAAUAAUAAAACUGAAAAGCACCAUCAAAAAGUCACCUUUGGAGAGGAUUUUACAGACACCAGGAGAGCAGCAAAUAAUGGACUCUAUUUUUACCAACCAGUUACUAUCAAAGCCUCUGUGGUGCUAGAUGUGAAAUCUCACCAGUCAGCCUGACAUUGGGGGUCUAACCCAGGGCUAAUGAGUAUUUCAAGUACUCCAGACUGAGUAAAGAAUACGGUUGUGCUGCUGGGGACUGUGGGAUGUUGACGAUGAUCAUGAAAAGAAUAUGUGAGCUUGGUCUCCAUGAUGCUGUGGAGACUCUUACUGCAGGGUGUGAGCUUUUUAUUUUCUAAGGAGGUCUGACAGAAUGAAGGUGAGAUGUGAAACGCACGUGUGGCUUGAGUGGAUGUUUUCAUCCCAUUUUACGUGUGUAAACAGUAUGUUUACUACUUUGUAACCUCUUAAAAUCAACCAAUUAAAACUCAAAGCAUUUGUCAUAACUUUGUGGCUAUAAA